AUGCAGCAGUUAGAUGACGUCUACAAAUGGUACCUUUCAUUUUGCUGCCCUGACCAGCAGCAGCAACAGCAGCAGCAGCAGCAACCGCGGCAGAAGCAAAAGCAGCAGCAGCAGCAGCAGCAGCUGGCAGCAGCAAGCUGCUCAGGAGGGUGCCCUCAGGAGCCCACAGAAAUACCUCUUCCUGGUUCUGCCUUUUGGGACCCACAGCAGCAGCAGCAGCAGCAACAGCAGCAGCAGCAGCAGCAGCAAGAACUGCAGCAGCACCAGCAGUCGGAGAGUGAAGAGGAUGAGGAUGAAGAGGAGGAGGAGCGGCAAGAACAGCAGCAAGACCAGCAGCAGCAGCAGCAGCAAGAGCAGCCGCAGGAGCAGGAGCAAGAGGAGCAGCAGCAGGAGGAGCAGCAGCUAGAGCAGCAUGAACAGGAGCAGCAGCUGCAGCAGCAGCAGCAGGAGCAGCAGCAGCAGCUGCAGCAAUCUGCUCCUUCCUUCUACGAUUAUAUAGCAGCACACGCCCCCGUGUGCACUGCAGCAGACAAACUGCGACAGUACAAAAUGAAGCUGUUGUUUAAACCCCAGCACCAGCAGCAGGCCAGCAGCAGCAGCAGCAGCAGCAGGAAUUUAUUUGAAUAUCAGCCAGCCCAGGGCUUGCCGCCCUGGGGUUUAGUUUUAAAGCCUUCGGAAAAUGAAGAGGUCGCCGCAGUAAACCCUAAAAGACCCCUUCAGUGCCACUUCCAAG